UGCGCAAAAUAUACGUAUAGAAAAUAUUCGUGGAAAAGUAAUUGGAAAAUGGAAGUUUUUAUUGAAAAUCGUCAGCGCAAUGCAAUCAACGCUACUAUUUUUAUUGAUCGCGUACAGGUGGUAGUGCGUAAUUUGCUAAUCUACUUGUGGACCUACAUAUUCCUGAAGCUACUCCGCUUCCGGGUGUGGGUUCAACUUCGGCUCUGCAUGCGGUACUUCCGUAGACUGACUGCCAAGCUUAGCUAUUACCAUCAUCGCAAUCGUGAACUUCCCUUGAAAUACAUUGAGCAAUUGGACAAAAUAAAUGACAUAAUGGCUAUGCUGAUGCUCAAAGAUAUGGACAUUGAUGACUUGGGACGCUUUCCACGACUGGAUGUACCCUUACAUAUCUACCAGGAUUAUCUGUUAAUCAAGCAGGAGGUGAUGGAGAUUGAGAUGAAGUUGCUCAAAGUAUACGUUGAAAGACUUCGGGAAGGGCCUGAAGAAGAAGAAUUUGAAUGGCAAGAGGAGAUCGACAGCGGCAGCGGCAGCGACAGCGACAGCGACGAUUACUCGGACAAUACCGAUUCCGAUUUCUUUGAUUUCACUGACGAUGAUAUGGAUAGAUAGAUAGUUAAAUGGGCUGCUGCUCCGAAAAAAGAAAACAAAAUAAGACAACUGCUAUGACCCCUCCCACUCCGCCCAACCAACCACACUCUGCUACUUUUGGCUGUUGCAAAUACGAAAUAGAUGACAAACAAAAACAAUACGCCCGAGUAGAUUCCAGAACAUUGGCCACACAUUUAAGAAUCAAUUCAGCCAGACAGUCAAUUGUUGUCUUUGUUUGGCUGUUCGGCUGUUUGGCUGAACUAUGUAAAUCAAAAUUUAAAGUGUUUACUGCCUGAUUGCCAGAGUUAGAUAAUGGACUCGGCCAUGCAGUAAUUGCAAUAUAAAUUGCAUUGUUCUCUGUUGCAAUAAAACACA